AUGUUGAAAUUCGUUAAUCAAUUAAAUUCUAAGGGUAAAAACAAUCUUUACCAUUCCCAACAAACAGAUGGGACUGCAAGUACCAUGAGUCGAUCCGUGUUGAUUUCAAGUACGAUGACUUAA